AUGGCGUUGUUGAGCUGCUGGAAUUCUUCAGGAGGCAGCGAGGAAGAGCUGUGGGACAUCCAUGGUGCUGAUCCAAAGUAUUGCUUGAUGGUGACACCGGCUCCAGUAGCACAGACACUUCCAGGGACCAGCAAGGUGGCACCUAAGCAUACCUCCGCCAUCAAUGCAGGGGCUACCGCCGAAAAUUUGGUAGCUGAGCUUCUUGACACAAGGGAGCUUGUUGUAGUGGUUCGGGGAAUCAUUAAGAAUGUGGGCACUCUUUCUGGGCCAUUCUUGAAAAUGGGUUGUAUCUUAGGCCUCAGAGUCUCUCCUACUUACAGGAGAAAAAGGGUUGCACUAAGACUUGUGACCGCAACUGAAGAAUGGAUGGUGAGAAAUGGAGUUGAGUAUGCAUUGUUAGCCACUGAAAAUAACAAUGAUGCGUCUAAAAACCUAUUCACCAUCAAAUCCAACUAUGUGAAUCUCAGCUCACUUGUCAUAUUUGUCCAACCAACUAGUUCCCUUACAAAGAAAAUUUCCAUGGAUAUAAAAAUAGACAAAGUGGACAUAGAUCUAGCAAUUUCGUUGUACAAAAGAACCAUGAGGACCAAAGAUUUGUAUCCAUUGGACAUGGAUGUUAUUCUGAAGGAGAAACUCAACUUAAGAACAUGGGUAUGCUACUACAAAGAAGAGGGAUGA